UUCCCUGCGCACCGCCCCUGCGGCUGCGGGGAGGGGUAUGGGCCUGGCGGGUCCCCCGGGUGCCGUGGGAAGCGCCGGGCUGCCGGCUGUGCCGAGCCGGGCUGGACACACGGCUGGGACCGUGCGAGGGGCUCGGCCACGCUCGGCAUGGGGCUCCGGCUCCCCCUGCGCCGCAGCACCAGCUUCACCCCCGACCACCCUGCCCUCAUGGAGGUGCCUGGCCCCGCUGCCCUGAAGAUGGAAGCGAACGUCCUUGUCAUGGGAGCAGACAACGUAGGGAAAUCAGCUCUGACCGUGCGUUUCCUGACCCGGCGCUUUAUUGGAGAGUACGGGGACAUGGAAUUCAUCUACAGCCACAACCUGACUGUGGACGGCCGAGAGAUUCUCUUACACAUCUGGGACGUCCCCAAUUCCCAGGAGCAGGCAGAGGAUGGCUCCUCGGAGGAGAAGCGAAUCCAGUGGGCAGACAGCUUUGUCCUGGUCUACAGUAUCUGUGACCGUGCCAGCUUCAACAUCCUGCCCCUCAAAGUGCAGUUCAUCAAGGCUGCCAAGGAGGGGCAGAGCCAGGAGAAGGUGCCCAUUGUCAUUGUGGGCAACAAGCGGGACCUGCACCACCAGCGGGAGGUGUCCAGCGAGGAGGGCCGGCUCCUGGCCCUCUCCUUAGACUGCGGCUUCUACGAGGUCUCUGCAGCUGAGGCUUAUCACGGGGCCCUCAUGGUCUUCCACGGACUGGCCAAGCUCAUCCCAGACACCAAGCUGGCCCUGAAGAAGGGCACAGGGAUCCGGGGCAUCGUCAAGACCAUGUCAGCUGUGUUUGCCCGAAAGCGAACGGACUCUCUCUGAGCUCCUGCAGGGCUGCUGCUGCUCUCUGUACUGCCCAGCUGGGCCAGGCCUGCCUGCUGGGUGCCCAUGGACAUGGUGUGUGUCUUUCCAUAAGUAUGACGGGUUCCUUGCUGUCCUCCUCGUGUCAGGGUCUGGGUGUCCUGCCAUGCACAGCCAGUGCAGCUGAGGACUGUAGUGGGUUCCUCUUGGCUCUGCCGUGGGACAGUCUCAUCUCUUUGCUCUACCAGCUCUUUAGGUGCCUCCUGCUUUCUCCUUCCAUCCUCCAACACUGGAAACCACGGGGGGAUUUUGCCAAAGCUCCAGGCAGCAGCAUCCCCAGCUCCUGCAGCAGGAGCUGCCCAGGCUGUCAGCGAUUACCGAGAACAUCCUGCUCUUGUACAGCACACGACUCCCUGUCUCUCCACUCCUACUGUGGGACCCUUAUUCCUGUUUUACCCUCACCAGGGUCCUCCUCAGUAACCCUGGAGCACCCAUGAGCUGGAGAGGUGGUGCUUUCCCCACUGGGGAGGCAGUGAUAAUUCCCACAUGUAUAUCAGAGCCCAGGGCACCGGCGAUCCUGGGGAAUUUGGUGAUGGCUGGUGCCUCCCAUCCCCCUUGCCGUGCUUUUGAACAGCUGUGCUCACAGCCCUCUCUCUCCCCCACAGCCUUGCAGCCAUCCCAGCCGUUUGUUUCCCUUGUGCGGGCGGGCGCUGUACAGGCUGUGCCUGGGAAAAGCCAGGCGUGGGGCUCGUUCCCAGCAUGGGAAUUGCACCACGAGCCUUCCCAAGCCGCUCCUUCUGCAGGGCUGCCUGUCCCCGGGGAGGAAAGGAGCUGGGGAAAGGGGCUCGCUGACCCCUGUGCUGCUGGGAGGCUUUUCCCUGCCCCUCCCAAACCCUUCUCUUUGUGCCCUGGGAGCGCAGUGUGUUGGGAGAGGGUUUGUGCGUGAUGUUGGGACGCUGAUUUCUCUGCUGUGUUCUUCUGGAAAUGCAAUAAAUUGUCUUUG